GCGGCGGCGGCGGCGGCGGCGGGGACUACGGGCUGGUAACGGCGGGCUGCGGCUUCGGCAAGGACUUCCGUAAGGGCCUCCUCAAGAAGGGCGCGUGCUACGGGGACGACGCGUGCUUCGUGGCCCGGCACCGCUCCGCCGACGUGCUCGGGGUGGCAGAUGGUGUAGGAGGAUGGAGAGACUAUGGAGUUGACCCGUCUCAGUUCUCAGGGACUUUAAUGCGAACAUGUGAACGUUUAGUAAAAGAAGGACGGUUCGUGCCAAGUAAUCCCAUUGGAAUCCUCACCACCAGCUACUGUGAGUUGCUGCAGAAUAAAGUGCCCUUGCUUGGUAGCAGCACCGCCUGCAUCGUGGUGUUGGACAGAACAAGCCACCGCUUACACACGGCGAACCUGGGCGAUUCCGGCUUCCUAGUUGUCAGGGGUGGCGAAGUGGUGCACCGAUCAGAUGAGCAGCAGCAUUACUUCAACACUCCAUUCCAGCUCUCAAUCGCUCCCCCGGAAGCCGAGGGAGUCGUACUGAGUGACAGUCCAGACGCUGCCGACAGCACCUCUUUCGACGUCCAGUUGGGAGACAUUAUCUUGACGGCGACAGAUGGACUCUUCGACAACAUGCCUGAUUAUAUGAUCCUUCAGGAGCUAAAAAAGUUAAAGAAUUCAAAUUAUGAGAGUAUACAACAGACUGCAAGAAGCAUUGCUGAGCAAGCUCAUGAGCUGGCCUAUGACCCGAAUUAUAUGUCACCUUUUGCACAGUUUGCAUGUGACAACGGCUUGAAUGUGAGAGGUGGAAAGCCAGACGACAUCACUGUCCUCCUCUCAAUAGUGGCAGAGUAUACAGACUGACUCGCCCAGCUGCCAGCUCCUGCCGUCCCUCGUCAUCCCAGUUGUCCCUGCCGCGUGUGCUGAUCCUGCUGGCAGGACCGCGUUUCUCUGCCUCUGAUGCCAGUGGCCAGUGAUGUAAGCCUUUGCCUGUCUUUUGGAGACCCAUUGAGAUCUUUGUUGAGAACCACUACUAUCAUUCACUAGCUUGUAUCUGCCAGCAACAACUGAAGAGGUACAAGAUUUGAAGAUUGGCCUUCAUUUCCCAUGGAGAUUUUCAAAGCCUUUUACUUCUCAAAGGCUAUUACUUUUCAAAAGCAGUUGAAGUACUGAAAAUGAGUAAUGUUGGUAAAGUGAAUUCAAAGUUACAGUGUGUUAAAGGGAUUUUAAAAGUCUGACACGAAUCAUACGUAAUGAUACGUCUACUAAAAACAUACAUCAUUCAUCAAAGAAAUGUUCACACGUACUCCACAAGCACUGUCUUUUGUUAGGAUGAUCAGGUGUGGCAUUAUGUUUUCAGUCUAAACUCCUAUUUUCCAGGAGUUGAUAAUUCUGCUCUAAAACUGCUCUGGGUCAUGAAACUUGGAUCCCCAGAGAUUUUUAGUUACAAAUUGGAAGGAAGUUAAUUUUAGUUCUAUGGAUGCAAACGUUCUGUACUUUUAAAAAGAUGCUUGUGUUCCUGUGAUUCAAGUUUGGCAGUUUACUGAGGAGUCCACGUCACAGGCUGGUGGCCUGAUGUAGAGGAGGGGUCAAGGAAGGAGACACCUUACCAAAAAUUUUUAGUGGAAGUACUACUCGAGGUUACAGAGCUCCUCAGAGCCUGGAAUUGACUGUUAUCGCUGAAGGUUUUCCCGGCUGUCUGAAAGGAUGCCCUGGAUGGGAUCUCUAGGCCCCCAGGCCCGAUGGGUUGAGAACAGACAGCUGUAGCUAACGGGCUCACUGGCUUGGAUGGUCUGCUGCCCACCAUGCCUCAGAGCUUCCCUUAGGAGCCUUGCUCUGCUAGAGCACGCGCCGGAGCCACGGCGGCGCCUGGCGAGCACGAGCGCCCCAUGCGCAGGGGCCGCCGUACAAAGCCCAUGAGGAAAACUAGUGAUGAUCUGACAUUGCAGUUAGCGCCAGCAGAAACGCAGGGGGUUUUGAAUCAAGCUUAAUGUUUACAGUUUCCGAAUAGCCAUUUGCAGUGUAUAGUUUCCUUAUAAAACUACCCCGCAUUCAGUUUCCCAUUACCUGCAAGCUCAAACUUAUUUUUAAGGUUUGUGUACAAGUUGACUGCUGUAAAGAUAUAUAUUUUUGGGUCAGUUCUUUCCUUCAUUAACUUGGUGGUAGAAAAAAAAAAAAAAUAUA